AUGUGCCAGAGGCCCAGCCCUAAACCUAAUCCGAGUAGUUGCAGCAGCAGCGGCAGCAGCAGCAGCAGCAGCAGCAGCAGCCCCGACAGCGCUGGCAGCUCUCUGAGCCGGGACGCGUUGCUGCGGGACCUGAAUCGGCAGGCGCUCCUCCGGGACCUCUCCCGGCAGCUUGCCUAUGGGGACCUCGCCGCCCGCGUCCAGGCGGCGAGGGAUAUCCGGAGGUUGGCCCGGGCGUCCGUCAAAGCUCGGUCCGUGUUCGCUGUGGACGCCGUCGUCGGGCCGCUUGUAGCCAUGCUUCCCUCCCGCGAGCGUGAGGAGAGGGAAGCUGCCCUCCUCGCUCUGCUUAAUCUGGCCGUCCGCAACGAACGGUAGGUUAGGCGGCGCUUCUUCUCUGGUCAAUUUUCUUCAGGUCCCCCCCACUCACAUUGGGGAUUAAUUCGUUUCGAUUAGCUACAGCGAGCCAUCAAAUCUCGAAGUUUUACGUGUUCCAAAUGAGGUGCAUUUUUAUUUUACCGUAAAUUUCUGGAAAGAUCAUUUUAAGGGUGCAAAUAAUGUGUUUCAAAGGAUUUAUUGUUCUUCUAUUGAAUAUCACCCGCUUGAUUGCUGGUCGGUCUUGUUAUUUGCUCUCUCUUAAUCACAAUGUUAAAUCUAUUUAUUAAAUAAUGUGAUUUUUACCACUCCACUUAGGAUCCCAUCUUUCUUUCUUACAUUGCAGGAUUUCUUAUAAUUUGUUGAGGAUCAGCCCACAGAUAGCCGUCCUGUUUCUAAAUCUUCAAAUGUCUUUCUUUCGAAAAACUUGUGAAAAAUACAGUUUUCGUUGACAUAACUUUAGGCUUUUUAUUCACUAAUCUCUGUUGCGCUUUGUAAAAAUUAUUCUUUAUGUUAUUGCAUUAACAUGAUAAUUGCGGAGUCCCCUUGACUGAAGGUUUGGUGAAUUACCCUAAAAAUCGUGAGAAGAUCAUUCGAAACCCAAACAUUGGUCGUGGAUGUAAGACGUCUCUCCAGCAUGAAAUAUCUCUAACUAUACUGUGGGCUUAAAAUUUCUUGCUAAAGCAAUGUUUGUCACAAAAACUAAUGACCGCCACACUCUAAAUGUCUUGCUUCCAAAGAGGGUUCAUUGAAUCUUCUCAUAUUAAUUAGUAUCUUUGGUCAAAUACUUCACUUGAUCCUCUAUGAGCUUUCAGUUUUCCAUUCUAUCUCCAAAAAUCUUUUGCCCACAACAAGAUUUUGACUGUGGUCUUCUCUUUGAAUUUUUUUCUUUCCAGAAACAAGGUUACAAUAGUGGAGUCGGGUGCUGUGCCCCCUCUCGUAGAACUUCUAAAAUCCGAGAGCAGUGGCUUGAGGGAGCUGGCAGCUGCUGCUGUCUUAACACUAUCUGCUGCUGAAUCAAACAAAUCAGCCAUUACAGCCUCUGGAGCAGCCCCACUUUUAGUUCAGGUGCUCGUCAAUGGAAGCAUCCAGGGCAAGGUUGAUGCUGUGACUGCAUUAUACAACCUUUCUUCUAGCAAAGAAAGCCUGGACCCAAAUCUCUACGUUGAAGCAGUGACUCCUCUACUGACCCUUCUAAAGGAGUCCAAGAAAUAUUCAAAGUUUGCUGAGAAAGCUAGCUCGCUCCUUGAGAUUCUGUCAGGCACCGAGGAGGGAAGAUCCGCCAUCUCAGAUGCUGAGGGUGGGAUUCUGACGGUGGUGGAGACUGUGGAGGAUGGUUCUUAUCUCAGCAUGGAGAAUGCUGUAGGUGUUCUCCUUACACUGUGCCAGAGCUGUCGUGAGAAGUACAGGGAGCGUAUCCUUCAAGAGGGAGCCAUCCCAGGCCUCUUGAGACUAACCGUGUACGGCACAAAGAAGGGGCAGGAACGGGCUCAGGAGCUUCUUGAGCUGCUCCGGGAUGAUCGGCCAAAGAGAUUCACCUCAAAGGCUUUGGAGACCAUCGCUUUUGAUAUAGCCUCAAGAAUUGACGGCCCUUCUCAAGCAUCUGAAACAGCCAAGAGGCUUCUAAAGGACAUGGUUCGACGGGAGAUGGAGUUGAGCACAAGCCGUCUUCAUCUCAAAGCUAUGCCCCAGCCCACUGCUGCGCCCAACUGA